AUGAGGAAUCUAAUAGUUUAUACACUAGUGCUCCUUUCUUUGCAAUCUCGAGAAAUUACCAGUUUGUCUUCCUUUUUACCUCAUUUGUGUCACCAUGAUGAGAGUCUUGCUCUACUUCAGCUUAAGCAAAUGUUUCAAAAAUCAACAGAUGCUUCUGCCUACUGUGAAAAUGCAUAUCCAAAGAUGAUAUCAUGGAGCAAAACUUCUGAUUGCUGCACCUGGGAUGGGGUAACAUGCCAUAGAGUUACAGGUCAUGUAAUUGGCAUAGACCUUAGUUGCUGCCAACUUCAAGGAUCCAUCUAUGCUAAUAGUAGCCUGUUCAAUCUUUCUCGCCUCCAAAAGCUUAAUCUAGCUUACAAUGACUUCAAGAAUUCACCAAUUUCUCAUGGCAUUGGUGGCUUGACUAGUUUAACAAACCUCAAUCUCUCCAAUUCCAAUUUCUACGCUCAAAUUCCAUCCCAAAUAUCUUUACUGUCAAAUUUAGUUUCACUCGAUCUCUCCCAAAAUCCUAUUGAGUUUGAACAUCAGGAUUUCCAACUGCUUCUUCAAAACUUAACUCAGGUUAGAAUACUUUCUCUUUCUGACGUUAGUAUCUUCUCCGAGUUCCCUAAGAACUUUUCUUCAUCUUUGACAAUUGUGGAUCUUGGUCAAACUCAAGUUUAUGGUAAGCUACCAGACCAUAUUUUCUAUCUAGCAAAAUUGCAACAACUCAUACUAAAUGGAACUCAAGUCACUGGAAGUUUACCGAACUUGAACUGCACUGCUUCAUACAUGUUGUCGUACUUAGAUCUUGCUUACACAAAUUUUUCUGGGGAACUUCCCAACACAUUUGGCUGCUUGAAGUCCUUGAACGCCAUGUUGCUCGAUGGAUGUCAGUUCACUGGUCGCCUUCCUGAGUCAAUUGGAAACCUUUCUCAGCUCACUACGAUGUCUCUGACUCAAAACAGUUUCAGUGGGCCUCUUCCAUCGGUGAUCUCAAACCUUGUCCAACUGGAAGUUUUAGACCUUACAGCACCGACAUGGUUAUUUAGCCUGCAGUUACUCACAACUUUGCUUCUCAAAAACAAUCUCCUAACAGGACAAAUCGAAGAGCUCAAUGGAAUGUCACUGAUGAAAAUUGAUUUGAGUAAUAACCAAUUAUAUGGUCAAAUUCCUAAAUCAAUUUCAACACUCCCAUUUUUAGAUUUCCUUGACCUCUCAUCAAAUAAUUUGAGUGGCGUGCUUGAACUAUCCAGUGAUGGUCUUGAGUACCUUGUUCUCUCUAAUAAUCGAAUAUCAUGGAGCACCAGCGGAAAUGUCAGCAACUCUUUACCAAACCUUUAUCGUUUAGAGCUAUCUUCUUGUGAGAUGAAGGCUUUCCCAGAAUUUCUCAGAAGCUCAAAGAAGUUAGAAGUUCUACAGCUCUCUGACAAUAAGAUUCAAGGUCAGAUUCCCAGCUGGGUGACAUCCAUGCCUUGGGAUUCACUUCUGUAUCUAAAUCUAUCUUAUGACCACCUUUCUGGGAUGGAUGCAUUACCUUGGAAGAAUCUAAGGGUUCUAGAUGUUCGAUUCAACCAAAUCCAAGGACAAUGGCCUUUUUUCAUUUGCAAUUUGAAAGCUCUAGCAAUUCUUGAUUUGUCAAGGAACAAAUUUACUGGUGCAAACCUCGGUGUUUUGGGAACUUUUCUAAAAUUUCUUGGAAGGGCCGCUGCCAGAAACUUUGGCCAACUGCAAGUCCUUGAUGUGGGGAACAACCGUCUGAAAGAUAUAUUUCCUGCAUGGUUACAAAAUCUUACGGAGCUCCAAGUUCUUGUGUUGAGUUCUAACAGAUUCUUUGGACCCAUAAGCAUUUUCAAGGCUAAGAGUCCAUUCCAAAAGUUGCAAAUCUUCGCCCUCUCUUGCAAUGAGUUCAGUGGUGUUCUAUCUACAGAACUUUGGAAAGCUUCAGGGCUAUGA